UUCGUUGAAGUCAAAAAACCCGAUGGUACAGUGAAGAAGGUUGCCAGCGGACUGGUGGAUAAUACGACGGAGUGGUUGGGCGACCAGUUCACCAGGCUCCAUCUGCAGAUCACCAAUGAGUAUGACUGGACCAUGGAGGGCUUUGCCGAGCGGGCGCGUGUGCGCAUGUUGGCCAGAAACAAACAGCGUCAAAUGAUCUCCACGGAGAGGAUUCAACACCUGGGUCUGGACCUGGCGGUCGCGCAUAUGAUCUGCGAUCUGGGCGGACGUGUACAGUUUGUGGGCAGUGAUCGAUGGUUCCAGCGGUACAACCAGGGUCCAUCUGGCCUACCCAACUGCUACGUCGGUGACCUCAAAUUGGAAGCCAUUGAUGCCUCCGGAACGCCCAUCAUGUACGAGGGUUUCAAGUUCUUUUCCGAGCUGACCGAAUUGCGUUAUCUGCGACUUCGGCGUUGCGUGCACGUGAAUGACCACUGUCUAUCACUCGUCGGCCUGAUCACCAAGUCUCCCCUCCAACUACUGGAUAUCAACAGGGAGUUUGUCUGUCUCCUGUUGGAGGACUACUUGCCCAAGGUCUACAUUGAGGGCGUCGACUAUCUGGGCCAACUCUCGGAUGAGCAGCGUCAGCGUGUCUUGUCCAUCUCUGCGCCUGACCCCGUCCCCCUGCUAGAGCAACACGACCAGUCGUCAGAUUCUGACCAG